AUGAAGAGUUCGCAUUUUAAAGAGGAUGCUAUUAAUAAGUUACUAGGUCAAGACGUCGAUGAAUGGCUUUUUCUUAAAUUAACUGAAGAAAAACUUACCCGUAAAAAUGGUCCUUAUGAACUCAAACCCAGUCCUGCAGAAAGGGUCAUAGAGUUAGUUGAGAGACUCAAAGAAAAACAAGAAAUACCCCUUGCAUCCAUUGAAGUCAUAACUGCUACUGAAUUCAAAAAAUUUUAUGAAAAUAAUAAAAGGCAAUUAGAAAAGCUUAAUAAAAUGAUGAACACAGUCAUCACUGACAUCGAUCACCUUUCUUCUGAUAUUAAUACAACUAAAGAAGAUAUUAGGAGAAUUAAUGGCUGUUUAAUGAUUUAG